ACCAUCAUUACUUCCAAACUUAUUUUGGAGCGGUACCUUUCCCUCGAUUUCUCUGUUCAAAUUUCAAAAACGACCCAACAACUCUCUUUCUCUCUCAGACCACCUGAUUAAUCAUACAAGGCUCAAGCAUUCUCGAGAAGCUAAGGCCAAUAAUCUAUGAAAUUGUCCUUCUGGCGUGAAUUAGGGUUUACUUGCAUAUCGGUGGCGCGCUUCCUCGAAAUAUCGAUUUCCAGAGCCAUGGGUUGCUUCUUUGCUUGCUUUCGGACCAACGAAGGUCGCCACCGUGCUCCGCCCCAUCUCGUCUCCACUUCUGCCACUGCAUCCAAGCCCACCGAAAUUCUGAUAUCUCAAAAUCGUUUAUCAUCACUUUUUAUAUCUGAAGAUAAAGUAGAUUCUGGCUGCAAUGAUAGGGAAACUACUGGUUUUGGAUCUCCCGUAAAGCACAUGGAUCUCAAGAAUGAGGCCAAGUUUCUUAAAUACUGUGGCACAUUAGUGGAGACCCCUGCUGAAAUUCGGAAAGCAACUGAAAAGUUGAAUGGUUCACCUCCCUAUGAAAGAAAUUUAGAGGGUCAAAAAUUCCAUUCAUGGCUUCCCAACACAACUAUCAAGAAGCUACAGUUAGACAAACAACCUGAUCUUCCCCCCACUCCUGAUAAACUUUGUGAAGAGUGGGAAAAAGUAUUAGGUUUGCAAGAGCGGACGCCUAGCAGCUGUAUAUCCAGCAUACAGAAUACUGGCAGGACAUCUUUCAGCUCUACUGAAGGCAAUCAAUCCAGGAGUAUUAAUACCGCUGUCGGAGUUCAUGGUAAUCAGACUGAAAAUGUUGCAACGGAUGCUCGAUUCAGGAACAAGUCUGUGCAUUUUGACUGUGAUAUUGAUGCAUCCAACUGUAGAAGUUCAUCAGAAAAUGUAAGCCAAAAUCCAAAGAACUAUCAAGCACCAGGUGAUCAGAGUGUUUCAGAGCCUUUACCUUAUCCAACCCCACUUAAGCUGUCUGAUGAGAUGCAAACACCUGGUACUGUUUUUCCCACAACAUUAGAAAAUCUACCGUAUGGGAAGACUCGAAUCAGGUCCCACUAUGUGUAUUCCGUUCUGAACCCAGUUGAGAGUGACUUCCAAUGGAAGGAAUUGAAGAAAGAAGACUCUAAGAUUUCUGGUGAGCUUAGAGAAUCUCUAGAGUUUGAGGGAACUCCACCCCCUAGGUCAGAAGAGGGAGGAGUAAAAGAAACUUUGCCUUGGAAAGAAUUGAAGGUGGAAGCAAGCCCAUCUGCUUGGCUGAAACCACAGACAUCUAUUCAGGAUGCGAAUAGUGAAAAUUAUGACUCUGCUUCUGCCAAAACACCUCAUUUUGGUAGAACUCUGGGGGACAGGCCUAUAAUAGGGCUUGUUGCUUCUCACUGGAAUAAUGAUGAGCCUUCUCACAUUUCACCGAAGUGGUGGGAUGGGAAUGGAAUUCCGAAUUCUACCAACAAAUACAAGGAGGACCAGAAAGUUAGUUGGCAUGCUACACCGUUUGAGGAGAGAUUAGAAAAAGCUCUGUCUGAAGAGAGUUUUAUCACUCAAAAGAAGGAUAUCUAUGGAAAACCAGUGGCUUUUGAUGAGAAUGACGAAAGUGAUACUGCUCUUUCUCAGUUGCAGUCUUCAGCCCAACCCAAGUCGGUGGUUUCUUUCUGAUGAAUGAGGUGUUGGUGUUUCUGUACUCUCUUGUGGGUUUGUUUUGCAGCUGAUAUAUUGUCCAUUUAAUGGUUUCUUCUGAAACCAAAACUCUAAACUUUACCGUAUGGAACAUGGUUGGAUUGUA